GGCGUGCGCGCAUGCUCUGCUCGGGUCUGGCGGCUGAAAGCGGCGGUGUGUGUCGGUUCGGCUGUCACGACACGUCGUGGGUGUCGGCGCGAGGCGGAGCCGGGUCAGCGGGACUGGAAGGCUGCGGCGUCGGGAGGUAGAGCUUUGAGAUUUGCUUUGAGGGCAUGCUGAUGAAUAGGGAGUCACCUUUGAUUACGUCACCCGGAUCAGAGAAAAGCUACUUCACUAAAGAAACAUAAAGAAAACAGCUGAGCAGAGGAACCUGCAGAUGCCUGCUCUGCACCUUGUAUCUCCUCUACUUUUAACCCAUCAGAACUAAUGACUUACACAUUAAAGAAAAUGGCCAAUUCCUCAUAUUUUUAGCAGCUAAAAUUAUUUUUGAUUAAUGUUGUACAACUUAUAAAAUUUAAGAGUUAUUAAAUCUGUAAGGCCUUAUUUAAAAUAGCUUGCUUUUUAGCAUUCACAACUUCAGCGUUUACUUUGUUUUUACUUAUGAAAGUCCUCAGAAAUGUAGCACACCAGGAACAAGAUGGACUUGGAGGCAUACAGUGCCAUCGUGGAUUGCAGUGGAAUUCAGUGGACAGCUCGGGACAUCACCCACUUUCUUCUCCAAAAUACCACAUAAGCAUAUUACUUAACUCCCAUGCAAAACAAGUUGCUUGAAAAUGGCCUGGGUAAAAUUCUUACGGAAACCCAGUGGUAAUCUUGGGAAAGCCUAUCAAGCAGGAAGUUUGCUGUCCCUGGCACCUACUGUAGGCCUGCUGAAUGAGCCAGGACAGAACAGCUGCUUUCUUAAUAGUGCUGUACAGGUUUUAUGGCAAUUAGAUAUAUUCCGAAGAAGCCUGAGAGUUCUGACUGGGCAUGUUUGUCAGGGAGAUGCCUGCAUAUUUUGUGCAUUAAAGACAAUAUUUGCACAAUUUCAACACAGUCGAGAAAAAGCACUUCCCUCAGAUAACAUAAGGCAUGCUCUUGCAGAAAGCUUCAAAGAUGAGCAGAGAUUUCAGCUUGGCCUCAUGGAUGAUGCUGCCGAGUGCUUUGAAAACAUAUUGGCAAGGAUUCAUUUUCACCUGGUGCCAAGCAGGGAUGCCGACAUGUGCACCUCCAAAUCUUGUGUCACUCAUCAGAAGUUUGCCAUGACUCUGUAUGAACAGUGUGUGUGCCGCAGCUGUGGAGCAUCUUCAGACCCUCUACCCUUCACCGAAUUCGUGCGCUACGUUUCUACAACAGCCCUUUGCAAUGAAGUUGAAAGAAUGAUGGAAAGGCAUGAACGAUUUAAACCAGAGAUGUUUGCGGAAUUGCUACAAGCCGCAAACACAGCAGACGACUAUCGCAAGUGUCCUAGCAACUGUGGCCAAAAAAUAAAAAUCCGCCGUGUUUUGAUGAAUUGCCCAGAGAUCGUCACCAUUGGAUUAGUCUGGGAUUCUGAGCACUCGGACUUGACUGAGGAUGUUGUUCGGAGUCUAGCCACCCAGCUCCACCUUCCUGGGCUUUUUUAUAGGGUUACUGAUGAAAAUGCCACAGACAGUGAACUUCACCUUGUUGGUAUGAUCUGUUACACCAACCGACACUAUUGUGCCUUUGCUUUUCAUACCAAGAGCUCCAAGUGGGUGUUUUUUGACGAUGCACACGUGAAGGAGGUCGGAACCAGAUGGAAAGAUGUGGUGUCCAAGUGCAUUCGAUGCCACUUACAGCCACUUUUGCUGUUUUACGCAAACCCAGAUGGCACAGCAGUUUCUACUGAGGACGCACUCAGGCAGGUUGUCCACUGGUCACAUUACAAAUCGGUUGCAGAAAAUAUGGGAUGUGGAAAGCCUAUCAUUUACAAACCUGAGAAUUCAAAGGAAAAUGGGCUUAGUGGUCAAGCAAAACAGAGAGAAAAUCACAAAUUUCAAGCUGAUAAUAUUUCAUCAUUUAAUAAGAGCCAAAUGCAGACAAGUGGAAGGAGAGGACCAGUUAAGUUAAGCCAUGAUCAAAGAGAAAAGAUAAAAGAUAUCUCCAGAGAAUGUGCUCUGAAAGCCAUUGAACAGAAAAAUGCGCUGUCUUCUCAACGGAGAGAUUUGGAAAAGGGACAAAGGAAAGACCCAGGUCGACACAGGGAUUUGGUUGAUGAAGAUUCUUCACCUUUCAAGUCUGGAUCGCCUCCUGUCCCAGAUGGCUUUAGACAACAAGGGAACCCUCAUCUCUACCACAGUCAAGGCAAAGGACCCUGUAAACUCGACCGAGCUGCCCAUGAGAGCCACACUUCAGGAAAAAUGAUGAGUUCAGGAAAAUCCCAGAAUCUUACUGUUUCUGCAGAGAAAACAGCAGGCAAAGCCAAAAGUGACAGUGGCACUGGAUAUGACACAGACAGCAGCCACGAUUCCAGGGACAAAGGAGGCAGCUGCAGUAGGACUAAAAGUCGUCAGCGUGGUUGGAAACCCAUGAGAGAAACAUUAAACGUUGACAGUGUUUUUAGUGACAGUGAGAAAAGGCAACAUAGUCCAAGGCGUAAGUCAGAUGUCGGUAACAGACCUAAAUGUAGCAAGAGUCAGAGUUCUAAUAAUUGGCCAAAAGCAAACCCAAAGCAAAAAGGGUUAAUGACCAUCUAUGAAGAUGAAAUGAAGCAGGAGGCAGGAAGCAGAAGUUCCCUCGAAACUAAUGGGAAAUUAGCAGAGAAAAGUACGGGAGCCACAGAGAGCAGAGGUCCUGGGAACAGCUGGCAGAUGCAAAGGACAGAGUCUGGGUAUGAAAGCAGUGAUCAUGUCAGCAACGGAUCUGCUAACUUAGACUCACCUAUUGUUGAUGGAAGUGGGGCACUAAUGGAUAUCAGUGGUGGUAAAGCCUUCAGUGAGCAGAUUAAGAUGAGCAAUCGAAACACAGACAGUAUGGAGUGUAUAUCUCAUCAGAGCAAAGACCACCGAGAAGGCUUUCGGAAAGAACUCCAGGACUUGGAAGCAGGUGAUAAGCUCCACCUAGAAUCACAUGUGCAAAUAAAAAGUCAUUUGAUAAAAAGGUCACAUAUCAGUGAAAUCAGUGACAAGUUGUUUCCUUCAUGCGGCCCACAAACACUUAAGGACCAGAUUGCAAGAGAACAUAUCUACCAGACAAAUGAACAAAAAGUAGAAAAACCAGAUGGGACCAAGUUUUCUGAGUGGCGUAACAUAGAAAAUUCUGAAGGAACAGGCUUGCUGUUUCACAUUGAUGAUAGUUCUGUGGCUGGGAAGAGAGUCAACAGUAAUGAAACAGUCUCACCAUCUUCAAUGUCUUCACAUGGGAGAACUUCUGGGCUAAAGCCUGAAACCGGACCCCUCAUAUUUUGGCCACAGCAAAACAUCACAGAACAGUGUUAUGCUGAGAACUCUCCAUGCAGAGAGCAUACACUCCAGUCAACCUGCAAUGCUGACAGCUGUCAGAUGCCAAAACUUCAUUGCCACCGUUCACCACCCCCUUUGCCACCAAAGAAAUACUCUACGACCAGUGCAGCACAGUUAGAGAGAGCUGGAUCUAUACCUGGUGUGACACUUACAGAGGCAUGUAGUGCUAAUUCCUCCAGUCUUCCAAAACACAGCUGGCAUAUAGCCCCAGGAACAAGGCUAGAAGGGAGUGCGUACGUGAUCCAGGAAAGAGAUAAAGAAACUGUUCAAGUCAAGCAGCGUGCUGCCAACAGCCACCCACCCAGCAGUUCAACUGAUUGCCAGGCAAAUGCAAAAGUAGUAGUCAGUGCGUUUUGCCAACCAGAUCUAGACUCCAGUUCUGUGUGCCCAAAUGAAACAAUUUCAUUAACUACCUAUUUCUCAGUUGAUAGUUGCAUGACUGACACGUACAGAUUGAAAUAUCACCAAAGACCCAAGCUCUGUUUUCCAGAGAGCAGUGGCCAUUGUAACAAUAAUUCACUACCGCAGCCUGAGCAAGUAGAGGGCUCCAUUACAUAACGGUCAUCCUUGGUUUACCUUGCCCUUCCAAACAAAGAGACAAGCGCUGGAGGACACUGUAAGAUAAAUGAGCCAGCCGUUAAAACAGACUGACCAAAUCUAGUGAUACAUAAAACAAAAACUGAUAUUGUGAGAUUACUAAUCAGGUUAACUUUAUAUAUUUUAUGAUGAUCAAUUUACUGAAUAUUUUAGAAAUUUCCUUUGAGUGCUCUUGGCAUACCUUGCAAAGUAAGAGGCUAUAUAACUCAUUUGCUGUAUGUAACAGUUGAGCAAACACCAUAUCUCCUGUUAUUUGGCUACUGGAUGUGUAAAUAUCAUACUAACUAGUAUAUAGAUUGGUUGGUGCAUCUGCUAAUUAAGAAAUGCAA